UCUCACUCUCAACACACACACUCUCACUCUCAACACACACACUCUCACUCUCACUCUCACACACUCCAUCUGUUGGAUUUUCUACUCCCUAAAUGAGCCGCCACAGGCAGGCUGACGUGGGCGUUCUUUUUGCCCGGGGAAAGGUCCAGUACCAUCCCGUCUCAUGAGGAGGAGCCUCUCAAAACACUACACAGUGUGGAGAGGCUCCAUCCAAUAUCACUUCUUGAUGAGACUGAGCAGGCUCAUCAAGAAAUGCCCAUUCAGCCUCAAGAUCAUCAUGGAAGAUCUUGAGGCUGAAUGGGCAAACAAGGUUCAUCGGGCCAACCAAGAUGUCGGGCUAAGGAGCAAAACGAAGCGAAAAUCAAGGCCCAACUUGAAAAGCUUAACAAAAGCCACAACGAUCAUCGUGUCCAAUCUUGAUGCUGAAUGGGCAAACAAGGCCCAUCGGGCUAACCAAGAAAGAGACGAGAAGAACCGACUUUUUCAAAAGACGCAGGAUUCAUUGCAACGCAUGCGACAGGAAAACCACGGCAUCAACACGAAUCUCAAGAAUGCUCACGAUGAGAAAGAAAGCAUGGCACAACGAACAUCAUGUCCAAUCUUGAUGAUAGGAUUUGUCAAAAGACACAGGAUUCAUUGCAACGCAUGCGGCAGCAUGGCAUUGAAGUUGAAGAAAGUGGAGAAGGACCUAGACGAUAUGUCUCGCCUCGCCGAGGAGUAUUCAACACGCAUAGAACAAAUCCAGUCUGCUGGACUUGAAGAGAGAUUUGAAGUCGAAAGGCGCGGCUUUCUGGAUCGCAUCACGACACUCGAAGAGAAGAAGAGCCAAUUGGAGGAGGCGGUUGCACAGUCACACAAAGAGAAGAAGAGCCAAAUAUCGAAACCGAACUUCAGCGACAGAUAUGUCUCGACCCUUUCCCCUUUGGCGCCUUUCUGCGCUAGUUUGAAAAGCAUCAUUCGUCAAAUUUGA